AAACCCAAAAAUAUUCCAACAACAACAAAAAAAAAAAAAUCACCUAAUUCAUUCUGCAUUCAAAAUCUUGAACAUGGAUUAUUCAUCUUCAUGGGAUGAGCUUCUUUUUCACCAUAAUUCUCUUCCAUUUAACGUUAAUGACACCGAAGAUAUGUUCCUUUUUAAUCUUGUUAAAGAAUAUUCAGGAGAAACAGCAAACUCUUCCUCUAGCUCAGAAGAGGUAACUUCAUGCGAAUUAUUACCCGAAAAAGAAAAGAAUUAUAGAGGUGUAAGAAAGAGGCCAUGGGGUAAAUUUGCUGCUGAAAUUCGUGAUUCUACUAGGAAUGGUGCUCGAGUUUGGCUUGGAACAUUCGACAGUGCUGAAGAAGCUGCUUUGGCUUAUGAUCAAGCUGCAUUUGCAAUGAGGGGUAUGAUGGCGAUACUUAAUUUCCCUGUGGAGAUAGUGAAGGAGUCUUUAAAUGAAAUGAAGUGUAGAUUUGAUGAGAGUUGUUCGCCGGUUAUUGAACUGAAGAAGAGACAUUCUAUGAGGAGAAAGACAGUUAGUAGAAGAAAUAAAGCAAGAAAAAAUGAUGUGUCCAAUAAUGUUGUUGUGUUUGAAGAUUUGGGUGCUGAGUAUUUGGAGGAAUUAUUGAGUUCUUCAGAAAGUAUCCCAAAUUGGUGUUUAUUAUCCCCUGUUUCUGAGCAGUAAAAGCUACUCCUCUGCUUAUAUAAUCUUGAUUUUUUUUAUUUUUUUUUUUAAUUUGAAAAUUUUAUUACAUAGAGGUAGGGGAAGGGGAAAUAGGGAGGUGAUUACAAGGUCACUAAUAAGUGAAAGUUCAGGUAACCAAUCAACUGAGCUACUAAGGUCUCAUUUGUUUUUAUUAAGAUUAUGACGUCUGAAUCUGAAUGAACGUUUGAAUGAUUAAGAUGUUGUCUUUGGAUCUGAACGCUAAAUGUUAAAACUGUUUAUUUUUUAAUAUUUGAAUGUGCAUAACAUAUUUAUUUAAGGGAUAAUUUCAGAGACCUUCCUCAAGGUUUCGUUUCGUUUCACUCACUUCCCCUUUAGUUUACGCUAUUACGCUUAACUCUCUUAUUUUAAUUUUUUUAACAAUUCUCUUAACCUAUUUAUUAUUAAUAUAAAAAAUCA